AUGAAUGGCUUUUUGAAUGUGUUUACAAAAUUGGAUGGAUUCUUUAUUUCUUUCAGCCCCUCAUUUGGGUUGACAGAAUAAAAAAUAUUUUAUAAAUCAGUUUGGGGUGGAAUGGCAACUAUAAUAAUCUUAACAUUUGUAUUUGUUUACUCAAUAAAUUAAUUCAUCAUAUGGGGAUCGGGUGAUAUGAUCUAUAAAGUUUCUACAUAAUAAAAAUUUAUAAGUGAAGGAAGUUAUUUAGAAUAAGUUUUCUUAAAAAGCGAUCCUCACUAAUUUGUUGAUAUAGAAUUUGAUAGCUCGAUAAAUCCAUUUGAUAGCAAUUAAAUGAUUAUUAUCCCAUUACUUUAUAUCUAUAAUCAAGAAUCGAUCUAUCAGUUAGAUUAUUCAGAAGAUGGAUAAUUUAGAACUCUAAAUGUGGAUUUGAAUAAUUUACUUGAUAAUGCUUUUACAGUAGUUUUAGUUAAAUGCAUAGGUAAUGAAUAGUAUAUAUCUGAAACUUAAAAAUGUGCAAGCUAAUAAUAGAGUGAGGAAUUCUUUAAUUAAAGCGGUUUGUUACCAAUUAUUACAAUUUAUAAUGAAGAAUUUGAUUAUUAAACAAAAACUUACUAUUAACUUGAAACAUAUAUUGAAUUACCGAUGGAUCCAAUUUUAACGAGUGAGAUACAGAUUUAUACAAAAUAUGAAAUAAUGGAAAUAAAUUAUGGAUACUUAUUUUAAUCAUCUGAAGAGUAUAUAAUAAACAAUGGAUGUACUUCUUAAAUUUACACUUAUACUAAAGAUUAUUAUAAUAAAUUUUCAUAGAAAAUUUUCGGUAUUCAAGAAGUUAUAGGUGUAGUUAGAUUAGAAAUGGAUUCUUCAAUUUUUUAUGUUAGAAAUUAAUAUCCAACCAUAAGCGAAGUUUUGGCUAACAUUGGUUCAAUAAUUUAAACAAUAUUAUUGAGUAGAUACUUUUUCUAUGCUUUUAAUAGAAACUAAUUAAAAUCUUAUAUGAAAUCUUUGAUAUUGACUAACUAUUAUCCUGAAUGGAAAGAUAUUAACAAAAUCAAAAACAAUUAAAAAAAAACUUGUGUCUUAGAUGAUAGGAACAUAAAUAAUACAAGUGUUUAGAAAUUUGAGAAAGAAGUUAAUGAGAUGUUAAAUCUUAAAUUUGACUUUAUUAAUUUAAUAUACGAAAUAAAUCAAAUGUAAAAGAUUUUAUAAUUAAUUUCACCACCUGAUAUAUUAUUGAAUAUUCAUUCAAAUUAAUCCAAAUUAUAAUUUUUAGCGGAUCAAGAUUCAAAUAAUUUUAGUAUUAAAAAUACAUGGUCUUCAUUUAAGGAUUAUACAGAUGCAAUUUACUAAAACCAUUUGGAUCCAUUUUUAUUUAGUUUUCAUUGGAAAACAAAGAAUAAGAAUAGUAGUUUUUAUAAGAUGUCGUCUGGCGAAAAUAAAUAAAUAUAAAAAUAAUAUGAACCUACUUAAAAACAGGAUAAUGAAAUUUAAGUUGAUAAUGAAUUAAAAUUUUAAGAUAUUAAAAUUUGUACUGAGAAUAAUGAUUAAUUAUCCAUAAUUGAAUAGUAAAAUUAGAAAUGAUUAUUUUGUAAUUUAUUUAAUAUUCGAUUUAAUGAUUUUUAAUUUCAGACAGUUUAGCUCUAUUAGAAAAAAAUAGUUUAAUAAAGACUUUUCUAAGAUUGAAAAAGAUAUCUUAAAGAAGAAACUAACGCGUUUUGAUAAAUGUGAGACUGAACUUAAAUAAAAUAUAAAAAAAUAAUUAUAUUCCAAGUAUGGUUGGGGCUGGUUAAAGGUAGGUUUUCAUUUUUGUGAAAUUUGACAAAUUCACUAAAAUGAAAACCUAUUUUUUAUUAGAAAAAUAAAAGUGAAGGCCAGGGUUGAGCCAUUUUUCUUAAGGUUUUUGAGGUNAAUAAUAGAGUGAGGAAUUCUUUAAUUAAAGCGGUUUGUUACCAAUUAUUACAAUUUAUAAUGAAGAAUUUGAUUAUUAAACAAAAACUUACUAUUAACUUGAAACAUAUAUUGAAUUACCGAUGGAUCCAAUUUUAACGAGUGAGAUACAGAUUUAUACAAAAUAUGAAAUAAUGGAAAUAAAUUAUGGAUACUUAUUUUAAUCAUCUGAAGAGUAUAUAAUAAACAAUGGAUGUACUUCUUAAAUUUACACUUAUACUAAAGAUUAUUAUAAUAAAUUUUCAUAGAAAAUUUUCGGUAUUCAAGAAGUUAUAGGUGUAGUUAGAUUAGAAAUGGAUUCUUCAAUUUUUUAUGUUAGAAAUUAAUAUCCAACCAUAAGCGAAGUUUUGGCUAACAUUGGUUCAAUAAUUUAAACAAUAUUAUUGAGUAGAUACUUUUUCUAUGCUUUUAAUAGAAACUAAUUAAAAUCUUAUAUGAAAUCUUUGAUAUUGACUAACUAUUAUCCUGAAUGGAAAGAUAUUAACAAAAUCAAAAACAAUUAAAAAAAAACUUGUGUCUUAGAUGAUAGGAACAUAAAUAAUACAAGUGUUUAGAAAUUUGAGAAAGAAGUUAAUGAGAUGUUAAAUCUUAAAUUUGACUUUAUUAAUUUAAUAUACGAAAUAAAUCAAAUGUAAAAGAUUUUAUAAUUAAUUUCACCACCUGAUAUAUUAUUGAAUAUUCAUUCAAAUUAAUCCAAAUUAUAAUUUUUAGCGGAUCAAGAUUCAAAUAAUUUUAGUAUUAAAAAUACAUGGUCUUCAUUUAAGGAUUAUACAGAUGCAAUUUACUAAAACCAUUUGGAUCCAUUUUUAUUUAGUUUUCAUUGGAAAACAAAGAAUAAGAAUAGUAGUUUUUAUAAGAUGUCGUCUGGCGAAAAUAAAUAAAUAUAAAAAUAAUAUGAUCCUACUUAAAAACAGGAUAAUGAAAUUUAAGUUGAUAAUUAAUUAAAAUUUUAAGAUAACAAAAUUUGUUUUGAGAAUAAUGAUUAAUUAUUCAUAAUUGAAUAGUAAAAUUAGAAAUGA